GGAUAUUCAGAUUAGUGAGCAGAAAGAGAACCGAACGGGGGCUUUGCUGUUUCCAUAUCUCUAAACUCUCUCACCUUGCACAACAUGAAGCAGACCCAGAAAAAACAAGCAGAGCUCCUUUGGCCGAGAGUUAUCCUGAACAAAUGGCUCAACAUCAGCUCCAGCGGAAACAAUUUCAGUGCGGAUACCGACGAAGGUGACAACAGCUCUGAUUCUGAGGAUGAAGAAUUUUUUCGUUGGGGACAAGAUUCGUUCUUUGGAGACAAAAAAGGUGAGCGCAAUGGAGCCUCUGAAACUCUUCCCAAGAGGAGGAGACGGAAUUCAGAAACCCUUCGAGCUCAAUACAUAAACACCAAAGAACUCAGGAUUUCUGUAGGGACAUGGAACGUAGGGGGUAAAUUUCCUCCUGAUGAUCUAGACAUCUCAGAGUGGCUAGAAAUGGAUGAGCCUGCCGAUAUGUAUGUGAUCGGUCUUCAGGAGAUUGUCCCAUUAAAUGCAGGAAAUAUCUUUGGUGCUGAGGACAGCCGUCCUGUUCCAAAAUGGGAAAAUAUUAUUCGUGAAACACUGAACAGAAUUCAACAAGAGAAGCCAAAGUAUAAAUGCUACAGUGAUCCUCCUUCACCAUCUAGGUUCAAGCCAUCAGAUGAUGUCCCUGAUAUCGAAGAUGAAUUCCUUGUUGAAACUGAUAGUGAUAGAGAUGAGCAAGUAUAUCCAUUGGAUGAAGAAUCCAAUGGUUCUGAUGAAGUCAAGGAUGCAACCACCACAAGUGAGAAUGAGUUUGUACGAUCUGAAGCUUCAAACACCACUGAAAAUGCAGAUACAAUCUCAUCAAGAGAACGUGAUUUACAGAGACAGUUUUCUUCCUCAAAGAGAUUAGAUAGGUUAAAUUGCUUUAGGGCAGAGGAGUCCAUGGAAAAUCCAGAGUCAUCAGUUCCCCAACAGAAAGGCAUAUUAUCUAAAACACUUAGUGGGACAGAGAGGAUUGGUUUGAGUUGGCCUGAGCCACCAAUGGACUUGCUGGCUAAGCAUGUUUUAGAGAGACCCAAUUCCUUCAAAUCAGUCAAGUCCUUCAAAGCAUCUAAGUCUUUCAAAACAUCUUAUUCCUUCAAGUCAUCUACUUGUGGGGAUUGUAGAGGAGCAUCAGAAACAGCUUUGCUAACCAAUAUUGACCUGGAAACCAUCAUACGCCGCAAAAGGUCACCUUUUGUAAGAAUAAUUAGUAAGAAAAUGGUUGGGAUUUUCCUUUCUAUAUGGGUUCGUAGAAGCUUGCGUAGACAUAUUCGGAACGUGAAAGUGUCUACCGUUGGUGUUGGUGUUAUGGGCUACAUCGGUAAUAAGGGAUCAGUAUCAGUGAGCAUGUCUAUAUAUCAGACACAUUUUUGCUUUAUCUGUACUCAUCUAACAUCAGGUGAGAAGGAUGGGGAUGAACAUAAAAGGAAUGCUGAUGUGCAAGAAAUACAUCGUAGGACACAUUUCAAUCCAGUUUCUGGUAUGGGAUUCCCGAAGACCAUCCUUGACCAUGAAAGAGUUAUCUGGUUGGGGGACCUAAAUUAUCGUAUCAACUUAUCAUAUGAGAAGACACGAGAACUCAUAUCCAAAAACGAAUGGUCCAAGUUGAUUGAGCAGGACCAGCUCAUACGAGAAUUGAGAAAAGGUCAAGCAUUUGAUGGAUGGUCCGAAGGUACUCUAAAUUUUCCACCAACAUACAAGUAUGAGUUUAAUUCGGAGAAGUAUUGUGGGGAGGAUCCAAAAGCUGGGAGGCGUAAUCCAGCAUGGUGUGACCGCAUCCUUUCAUUUGGAAAUGGAAUGAAGCUGUUGAACUAUAAGAGGGUUGAGCAUACGCUUUCUGAUCACCGACCUGUGACUGCCAUCUACAUGGCUGAGGUUGAGAUCUUUUGUCACAGGAAGCUCCAAAGGGCUCUUACAUUCACAGAUGCAGAGCUGGAAGUUGAAGUUAUUAUAGCAGAUAUGGGACUUGAUGAUGGUAUGUGAGGCUAAGUUUUGGAGAGGUAAUUUACUUUCAAGGAAAAUCCUAAUACCUGAGUUUAGAUCAAUCAAAGUCCUCCAUGGUCACCAUCUAGUAAUGGAUGACCAUGUUGUAUUAGUAUAAUAUGUUUGCAUGUUUCUCAGUUUAGGUAAAAUAUAAUUAUUUUUUGAGUCCAGGUCAAAAACGAAGAAUAAGCAAUUUAAACCGGUCUGUCUGAGCAUGUCUUUUCCUUUAGAUACUAAAAAGGAGUCUUUUUGUCUUGUGGAUACAUUAGUAUUCUCCCCCAAAUCAAACUUUUGUGGUCCUCUUUCAGGCUUUAUCUCAAGCACCACCCUCUCUCAAAAUAUCUUGUCUGCUUAUUGAUGCAGGAUAUAUCUGAUUGGGAGCUAUAGGAUACAUACAUAGAGUAACCCUUGACGUGCGUGAAGACUUGCUGGAUGAGUUCCUUGAUUUACGAUACAGGCAAUUAGUUUUUCUUUACCUAUUCUCUAGUAUUGAUCAUACCCUGUCAAUUAUGUAUAUUACUAUUCUGUUCAUGUGUACAUUUUAAUGCCUAGAGGAUAGCCUAAUUAAUCGUGUCUGAGAGAUUGUCUUAUAUUUGUGGAUAUCCAUCAGUAUAUAACUUGUACAAGUGGAAGAUCCUCAGCUUAGCAAUCUUUCCUUCUAUGUGUAUAUACCUUGGUAAAUGUAUU